AUGACAUUUUUUUGGAAGAGACAAAGAGCUAGUCGCUUAGCAGGCAAGAAGCUUCUUUCGAAGCAAAAUUCUCAGCUAGAACUCACCAUUCCGACACAUUUCAGGUGCCCGAUAUCUCUUGAUCUUAUGAAAGAUCCGGUGACUUUGUCGACAGGAAUCACUUACGAUCGUCAGAGCAUAGAGAAGUGGAUACAAGACGGGAAUCAAACGUGUCCGGUUACAAAUCAAAUCCUCACAAGUUUUGAUCAGAUACCAAAUCAUAUGAUCCGAAGAAUGAUUCAAGACUGGUGUGUGGAGAAUCGCGCUCAUGGCAUUGAAAGAAUACCAACUCCUCGAACCCCCUUAACCUCAUUCGAUAUAGUGGAGAUUUGUUCUAAAAUGAUGGGUGCAGCUUCCAAAGGCGAUGAAAAAAAGUUUCUUGAUUUGAUGGGAAAAGUACACGUUUGGGCUAAUGAAAGCGAACAUAACAAGAACCUCAUUAAAGAUAAUGGACUCGGUUAUGUGUUAGCGGCUUCAUUUGAGUCGUUUUCGAGUCUUUCUUAUGAAAAACAUGAAGAUCUUCUAAAGGAGAUUAUGUUUUUGUUAACGUGGAUGUUUCCUUUAGGGAUUGAAGGGAGAUCUAUGCUUGGAUCAACAGAAUCUUUACGUUGCAUGACAUGGUUUUUGUCAGGAGAUGACUUGUUGCUCAAGAAAAGUUGUGUUCUAACUCUAAAAGAACUUCUCUCCACCGAUCAAACCCAUGUGCAGACCUUAAUCAACAUCGACGGCCUUCUAGAAGCAUUGAUCAAACUUAUAACCACACCCGAUUGCCCUUCAGCCAAAAAAUCUUCUUUUGCAGUCAUAUAUUACAUACUUUCAACACCUGUUGCCCGCAGCAAAGUCUCAUCAAGAUUCAUCGAAUCGGGUGUGGUUGAAUCGAGCUUAGAAGCUCUUGUGGAAGCCGAUAAUAAGGGGUUGAGUGAAAUGGCGUUAGGCGUAUUAGACUGUCUCUCUGAUUCAAAAGAAGGGAGGGAAAGAGUGCAGAAACAUGCAUUAUCUGUUCCAUUGUUAGUAAAGAAGAUACUGAGAGUCUCUUCUUUAGCUACUGAUUUCUGUGUUUCAAUGCUGUGGAAGCUCAGCAACAAUGACGAUGGAGAUACGUUGGUGGAAGCUCUUCAUAUUGGAGCCUUUCAAAAGCUUUUGCUCAUGUUGCAGGUCAACUGCGGUGAAGAGACGAAGGUGAAAGCUACUGAGAUGCUGAAGUUGAUGAAUCAAUACAAAAAUAAAUUAGAUUGUUUUGAUUCUGCAAAUUACAAGUAUCUCAGGAAGUCGUACUGA